AUGGAGAAGGUAUUCCCUAGUGCAGAACACGGGUUCUGUUUGAGGCAUAUCCAAGAAAACAUGAAGAAACAGUGGAAAGGAAAAGACUUAAGUGACCAGCUUUGGGAGUGUGGUAGAGCAACAACAGUCAAUCAUUUUAACAGAGCAAUGGAUGAGUUGAAGAAGAUCAAUGCAGAGGCUCAUGCUUGGGUGUCUAAGAUCCCAGCAAACACUUGGGCUAAAUCUCACUUUAGUGGAAGGGCACAUACUGAUUGUUUGUUGAAUAACCUUUGUGAGGUAUUCAAUUCUAAGCUAGAUGAAGGUAGGGAUAAAACUAUUAUCACUUGCUUAGAGUACAUUAGAGAGUAUCUCAUGAAGAGGUUAUGUGUGGUGCAAAAGGAAAUAGAUAAGUGUGAAGGACUUCUAACCCCUACUGCAACUACACUGUUUGAAAAGAUUAAGACUGAUGCAUCAAAGUAUGUGGCUACAUACAAUGGGGCAGGAAAGUACCAAGUGGCAAGCACAUGGCAAUACCAGUAUGUGGUUUCCCAUGUAGACAUGUUGUUUUGUGCUAUAUGGGAAAAAAUUGAAAAUGGUGAAAAUGCCCCACAUGUUGAUGAAUGGGUCUAUCCUUGCUAUAGGUUAUCAACAUGGAAAGCCAUGUAUUUGAACAAAACUGAUCCAUUGAAUGGACGUAAAAUGUGGCCUAAAAGUGAUUGCCCAUUCACUUUACUUCCACCAAAACAUAAGACACAGUAUAUCAAUAUGUGUAGGUUGGGAGACCUAAGAAGAAGAGAAGGAGGGGGUGUUGAUGAGCCAAACAGCCAAGCUGGUAGAUUGAGCAGGAAAUAUUUGGCAGUCACUUGUUCAAAGUGUCAUAACAAAGGGCACAAUUCCAGAACAGUUAAAGGGCAGGGAGGCAGUGGUGAAGUUGGAGGGGGCUGA